AUGAGCGCACAAGGUGUCACAGACGUUUAUACAUUUUCAAAACUGGAAAAUAAUGUAUCACAAUAUACAGGAACCGUACUUCUCACAUUCAACCUCUUCAAGCUCCCAGAAAAAGUCGAAGUAUCGUGGCGUAUUGCAAAAGUCAAACCUUAUUACCCAAAUCCAAUGAGGUGUAAAACCUGUCAGCUUUUAGGGCACACAGCUAAACGCUGCAACAAUGCACCCUCCUGUCAAUCAUGCAAUUUCCCCCCACACCCACCACCAUGUUCACGUAUCUACUAUGGAAAUUGUGCAGGCGAUCAUCCAUCCUCUUCUAAAUCAUGCCCAAAAUAUAUGCAAUCUAAAGAAAUAUUGAAAAUCAAAUGCCAAAACAAAUGCUCAAUGCGCGAAGCAGUUAAACUCUACAAGGAACAGACACCGACCACACUCAGCGCCUCAUUUGCUGCUGUUGAAAGCGAGACCCAAAAUCUGAGCAAGAUCGAACAAAGCAAAACGAAACCCCCUGCCGCUUUAGCACCUAGCCCAUCAAGCAAAUCACCGAGCACAGCUUCGCUCAAUGCUCACUCCGACACCUUAAUACAACCGAACUCAACUUCAUCCAACACCACAACAACACCACAAUUUUUACAAUAA